CCCUCCCCACGAUGCUCCUGCUGCCCCUCAGUGCCCUCCUGCUCCUCCUGCUGCUGCUGCUGCUCCUGGAGUUCCCUCCCCGGAGCCCCCCCAGCUCCAACCCGGCAUUCCAGGAAUUCCAGCAGCGCUUCCACCUGGGAUUCCUGCCUGCCUUGGCAGCUGAUUGGCUGCAGGGGCCUCACCUGUUCCAGGUGUUCCGCAGUCGGGGCUUCCUGCAGACGCAGAUCGCCGCCCUCUACUCAUUGGGAUUCGCCUCCAACUUGGUGUUUGGGCUCUUCUCACACUCUUUUGUGGACCGGCUCGGCAGGAGAAGGUCCUGUGUGCUGUUCUCGGUGCUCUGCUCCCUGUCCUGCCUCCUGCAGCUCUCCCGGGAUUUCCCAGCACUGGCGGCGGGGCGGCUUUUGGGGGGCGUCGGCACCUCCCUGCUCUUCACCUCCUUCGAGUCCUGGUACGUCCAUGAGCACCUGGAGCGCCACGAUUUCCCCCGGGAGUGGAUCCCAGACACCUUCUCCCGUGUGGCCCUUUGGAACGGGGUCCUGGCUGUGGCUGCGGGGGCUGUGGCUGAGCUGCUGGUGCUGGGGGGGGGCCCCGUGACCCCCUUUGUGGCAGCUGUGCCCUUCCUGGCCUUUUCUGGGAUUUUUGCCGUGAAAAACUGGGAUGAGAAUUAUGGAAAACACCGCUCCUGCCCCAAGGCGUGUGGGGAGGGGCUGCGGGGGCUGCGGGACCCCCCUGGGGCACUGCUGGGGGUGGUGCAGGCACUGGUGGAGGGCGUCAUCCUCAUCUUCAUCUUUCUCUGGACACCCGUGCUGGAGCCGCUGGGGAUCCCACUGGGAAUCGCCUUCUCAGGAUUUAUGGCAGCAAGUGCUGUGGGAUCAUCCCUGUUCCGCAGGGGGUCGUGGGGGGGGCUCCGGCUGCAGCCCCUGCACCUCCUGCUGGGGUCCGUCGUGCUCCUGGGAGUCUCUCUCCUCCUCCUUGCCCUCCCCGUGCCCCCACCCGGCGCCUUCCUGGUGUUCCUGCUGCUGGAAUUCUCCUGUGGGAUUUACUUCCCAGCCAUGGGGUUCCUGCGGCGCCGGCUGGAGCAGGGGGGAGCCGCAGGGGGGUCGCGGUGGCUGCGGGUGCCCCUGGGGCUGGGGGUGGCCCUGGCACUGCCGGCGCUGCCCCCCGGGGAGGGGGGGGCACGGGGCGUGUUCGGGGGGGCGGCGCUGGCGGCGCUGGUGGCGCUGGCGGCAGCCGGGGGGGUCCUGGCAGUGGCCCGAGGGGACCCGCGCCUGAGGGUGGGGGGGGAGGAAGGGGAGGGCGGGGUGGACACUGGGAUGUGAUGGGGACAGGGACACGGGGACAGGAUGACUGGGAUGUGACAGGGACACCAGAAUGUGACAGGGACAUGGGGACAGGGACACUGGGAUGGGGACAGUGACAUCAGGAUGAGGACAGGGACACAACAGGCUGGACAUGGGGAUGGGACAGGGACAGCGACACCAGGAGGGGGACAGUGAGCUGGACACUGGGAUGUGAUGGGACACCAGGAUGGGGACACUGGGAUGUGACAGUGACAGGGACAGGAGGACUAUGACACCAGGCUGGACACCUGGAUAUGACAUGGUCACAGUGUCAUUUUGAUGGGGAAACUGGGCUGUGACUGGGACAGUGACAUGGGGACAGCAGGACAGGGACAUCAGGCUGUGACAGGGUCACAGUGUCAGCCCCACACGGGGCUGUGACUGGGACAGUGACACGGGGGCAGCCCGACAGGGACACUGUCACAGUGUGACCCCCACUGAGACAGGGUCACUGGGACAGCACUGUGGGCACACUGAGCAGUGAGAGGAUCAUGAGAUCAGUGUCAUCCCCACAACGGCCUGUGGGUGACAGGGACACCAGGACACCCCAGUGGUGACACUGAGCUGUGACAGGGUCACAGUGUCACCCCCACAACAGCCCGUGGGUGACAGUGAUACCAGGAGAUUUGAUGGGGACACUGAGCUGUGACAGGGCCACCCCCACAACAAGCUACAGGUGACAACAACACCAGGACAUUCGAUGGGGACACUGAGCUGUGAUGGGGUCACAGUGUCAACCCCCAACCCAAAGGACCAUGGGGACACUGGGGUGAGUGUCCCCCGCACCCUGGAAUGGCCUCGUGGUGUGUACGAGGAAGGUCUGUUGAUGAAUGAAUAAAUUAUUUUUUAAUAAUCACCCCC